AUGUAUCCAUUUGGUGGUGUGGCAGCUUAUCAAAACCGGAAUCUCUGGGUCCAGGCGCGGGCGCACCAGCCCAGAACAAGCCACCCUCUCUUUCGUUACCCAAACUUCCGAGACCACCUCCCAGAGCUUCACGACAGUGGCCAUAAAGAGGUCAUUGUCUUGGACGACGACGACAGCGAUGAGGAGUUCGUCGUCACAGCAAGUCAAGAGCCACAGAGACGAAAAGUGGUCGACAUCAACCAGGUGCAGCGAGUUGCUCGGGGGCCGUUGAGCUUGCUGCCAGGGCGCGACGUGGAGCUGAGAGACCAAUCAUUCAUUCGAAUCGUGGAAUACCUCCCAGACACCGAAGAUGGCGAAUGUAUCAGAGGGCACCGACUCCUGUACCAGAAUCAUUGGGAGCUGUUAAUGCCGGAGAGGCAGCACGAGCUAGUACAGCUCGUGAAAAUCAACGAUGAGAUGGAGGUGGAGGACACCACUUCGACAGUACACGUCAGCCAAGUUGUGAGGAAUUGUACCGUCAUCUUCACAAACAGAGCGUACAACGAUCUUCAGUACGAGAAACACGUCGAAAAGUAUACUGGAGACAAGACCGACCAGGCGGUGUAUUUCUGCCGGUACACCAGUGCCGACCGCAAUGUUUCCACCGAACAUGGAGACCCAAAGGGGCCACCGCUGGCGGGAAGAAUCGAGCGUUUAUGGGCCAACCAGACAGACGAUGGCGCCCUCGCCACGCCACAAGGGCUGGUCGAGUUUCGGAUACCUGACUCCGAGCUGCGUAGACAGUGGCGAGAGACGGAACGCUCGAAAAGCAGGAGGUACACCUUCGGAGACGCCUUCUCCGGUGCUGGAGGGACUUCGCUGGGGGCCUUCCAGGCCGGCCUGAAGCUCAAAGUCGCCGUCGACUUCGACGAGAGAGCGAUUGAGACAUACAAGAGAAACUUCAACUUGAGCGGCACCGAGGUUCUAGAGGAGGAUGUCGCGGACUUCAUCAACAGGGCAGCCAUAUCGGGGGAUCGCUACGUGGUCGACUUCCUCCACAUGAGCCCUCCAUGUCAACCGUUCUGCGGCGCCAACCGCAACCCAAACCUGGAGAAAAAUGAGCGAGACAUGGACUCGUUCUCCAAAGUGCCCGGCCUGUUGGAGGUGUGCAAGCCACGGAUUGUCACGCUUGAAGAGGCCAAGAGCCUCACCGACAUUGACAAGAGGGGGCAUUUCCGCAACCUCAUCUGCUGGUUCAUUGAAAAGGGGUACAGUAUCCAGUGGAAAGCCGUCGAGCUGUCCAGGUACGGCGUGCCUCAAACCCGAAACAGAACCAUCAUCAUUGCGUCAGGGCCAGGCGAACGACUCCCUGCGUUCGUCCAACCGACCCACGGCACGGAACCAGGCCUUGAACCCUUUCCAUCGAUCAUUGGCGCCAUCGGCGCGAUCCCUCCCAAUGCAAGGCACCAGGACGAAAUCCCAGAGAUGCGCACGCCGAGGACACCCUACAGCGGAGAAGGGCUUUGCGCCACCAUCAUGACGUCGGUGAAGGGGCAUCACUUCCACCCUUAUGGGUACCGGCGAUUCAGCAUCCGCGAAUAUGCGUGUCUGCAGACCUUCCCGCUCUUUUUCGUCUUUUCGGGCACCAUUCACGAGAUGCUGCGGCAGAUAGGAAACGCGGUCCCGCCGCAGUUUGCGGAAACCUUGUUCGUACACUUGAAGUCGGCGUUGACGGCGGCAGACGAGGCCGAGGAUAGAGGGCAGUAG